AUGUCUGGAGCAAUGGUCACCCCUAGAGGUUUUGAUGACUACAGUCCUUACAGCGCCCUGUCAGAUGACGAGCUGAUGAAGCUGGCCAUCGAUCGCAGCCUCAUUGAGGACAACAACUCUAUUGGGUCAAUUCAAUCAUCACAACCUGUGGAUCGGCAACCCAAUUACCAGCCAAAUCAAUUCACGACCCGUUUCAGGCUCCCCUCUGCAACAAGGCACAUGUAUGACUUUCCCAGAGCCAAUCCGAACCCAGCCAACCCACAUCCAAACACCUCACCUGCAAACCCUCCAUCAGCAGACCCUAUUAUGUUAGUCUGUCAACCCUUUAACUUAUUUUGACAGUAUGUAUGCCAGAAAGGAUGAGUGUGAAAACAAAUCAUUAUUUUGAUGAGCAUUUAGUUGGUGCACAGAUUUAUUAUAAUUCCAUAAUUCCCAACAUAGAAAUCAGAUGGUGAGUAUUGAGACAUCUCUCUAACAGGGACAGCAGUAACACAGGUUUUCCACAAUGUGUGUCCUGAUGCCGCUAAUGUUUACAUGAUAUGGCUACUUCUACUUACUUAAAUUGAUAAUUGAGGAUAGGUUGGUUUUGAACAAGAGUCACAAUGACACUAAAUUGAAUGACAAUUUUCUCCUUAAUCUUUGUCUAUGUUUUAGAGAUGCAAGACCCCUGGUGACAGUGAUCAAGAAUGGUGAUUUAAAGGCUUUGAAAGAGAUAGUGAAAUGUAACCCAAUGAGUCUCUUGGUACCAAAUCAGGAAGGAUGGAUUUCUCUACACGAAGCUGCAUAUUACGGUCAAAAAGAAUGCCUCAAGAUUCUAUUAAGAGGUGAGAGUAAAACAAAGACAAGUGUAAUUGAGAAUGGUUUCUAUUUUAUACACACAGUUCUCUUGGAUCUCAGGCAGAUCCUUUAUCAGUACAUGCUCAUUAUUUUCACUUGCUUUGGUCACAAAGCUCUGUUGUCGUUCCUACAGCCCAUCCUGGUAUGGUGAACACAUGUGGUAGUUACAAUCAGACCCCACUUCUUUUGGCUGCCACCUUUCACCAUGUGAACUGUGUGGAGUGCCUUCUGGACAGAGGUGCCAAUCCAGACAUUGCCAAUAAGGAUGGAGAAACACCACUCUUCAAAGGUAAAUAUAUCCUACAGAUGUCAGAUCUUAACUUGAUCAUUCUUUUGUCGCAGAGAAUUUUCCUGAUGCAUCAGGAAAUUCAAAUGAGCCUCGUCAGAGGCUAAAAAAUAAGCAGUUGUCUUUCUCUCCAUGCGGGGGAAGUCGAGUCAUUGGGAUCAGGGCUUGCGAUCUUAAAAUAACGUUCUCGCUCCCUCAAACGCUAUAGGCCUAGGCCCUAUUACUGCAACAUUCAAAUGUACAAAAAUGUAUCUGAAAUGCAGCCACACACACACCAACAACUGUCGUUUUAUAAAGCUUAAUAACACAAUAUAGAUAUUGGUCUCCACUAGGCUAUAACAUACAAGUGUCUAGUGUAUCCUAAGGGUUCGAUUCUGGCCCAAGCUCUUCUGGUACUAAUGAUGCAAUCCCCCGAUUGACUUGAUGUAGUUACACAUUUCAAAUAUGGACAGUCCAGGGUUAUUUUACCCCCGAUCUCAAUAAGAAAUGACCAUACUAGACACUUAUGGAUAACAUAAAUAGUAAACAAAUAAAAUAAUAACAGUCAGUAGGGUAGGCUAUACCAACAUUAGUUUCCAUUUAUACAAAGUGUCAGGUAAAUUGCCACAGUAUAUUUGCCAUGGUAAACAAGGAAAUACUUUACUUCUAUAGCUAGGUUUCCUUUUUCGCUUAAGUUUUCAUGUACCGAAUAAAAAACUAAAGUUCAAUGUGUUUCCAUUACAUUUUCAACUCUACAAAUAGUUUUGUCACAACACUGUUGCGUUAAAUAAAUGUGCCUACUCUGAUCUUGGGACUUGUGCUCUAGUUAACAGCUUACAGAUAUAGUGCGGGUAAGCUAGUCUACUGUACAUGAUGAGAUUAUUAUGGAUAAGAGCGAGAAUAUUUUUACUUGUCAAACGGCAGUCAAGCAUCGAUCAUCAUGUCACCAGAAUAAGACCCUCAAUAUUUAUUGGAAAGGAGAAUCAAGCUCAUCACCGUGCACUUUCACCACCCUGUGAAGUUCAUCAUACAGUGGGGGAAAAAAAGUAUUUAGUCAGCCACCAAUUGUGCAAGUUCUCCCACUUAAAAAGAUGAGAGAGGCCUGUAAUUUUCAUCAUAGGUACACGUCAACUAUGACAGACAAAUUGAGAGAAAAAAAUCCAGAAAAUCACAUUAUAGGAUUUUUAAUGAAUUUAUUUGCAAAUUAUGGUGGAAAAUAAGUAUUUGGUCACCUACAAACAAGCAAGAUUUCUGGCUCUCACAGACCUGUAACUUCUUCUUUAAGAGGCUCCUCUGCCCUCCACUCGUUACCUGUAUUAAUGGCACCUGUUUGAACUUGUUAUCAGUAUAAAAUACACCUGUCCACAACCUCAAACAGUCACACUCCAAACUCCACUAUGGCCAAGACCAAAGAGCUGUCAAUGGACACCAGAAACAAAAUUGUAGACCUGCACCAGGCUGGGAAGACUGAAUCUGCAAUAGGUAAGCAGCUUGGUUUGAAGAAAUCAACUGUGGGAGCAAUUAUUAGGAAAUGGAAGACAUACAAGACCACUGAUAAUCUCCCUCAAUCUGGGGCUCCACGCAAGAUCUCACCCGUGGGGUCAAAAUGAUCACAAGAACGGUGAGCAAAAAUCCCAGAACCACAUGGGGGGACCUAGUGAAUGACCUGCAGAGAGCUGGGACCAAAGUAACAAAGCCUACCAUCAGUAACACACUACGGCGCCAGGGACUCAAAUCCUGCAGUGCCAGACGUGUCCCCCUGCUUAAGCCAGUACAUGUCCAGGCCCGUCUGAAGUUUGCUAGAGUGCAUUUGGAUGAUCCAGAAGAGGAUUGGGAGAAUGUCAUAUGGUCAGAUGAAACCAAACUAUAACUUUUUGGUGAAAACUAAACUUGUCGUGUUUGGAGGACAAAGAAUGCUGAGUUGCACCCAAAGAACACCAUACCUACUGUGAAGCAUGGGGGUGGAAACAUCAUGCUUUGGGGCUGUUUUUCUGCAAAGGGACCAGGACGACUGAUCCGUGUAAAGGAAAGAAUGAAUGGGGCCAUGUAUCGUGAGAUUUUGAGUGAAAACCUCCUUCCAUCAGCAAGGGCAUUGAAGAUGAAACGUGGCUGGGUCUUUCAACAUGACAAUGAUCCCAAACACACCGCCCGGGCAACGAAGGAGUGGCUUCGUAAGAAGCAUUUUAAUGUCCUGGAGUGGCCUAGCCAGUCUCCAGAUCUCAACCCCGUAGAAAAUCUUUGGAGGGAGUUGAAAGUCCGUGUUGCCCAGCGACAGCUCCAAAACAUCACUGCUCUAGAGGAGAUCUGCAUGGAGGAAUGGGCCAAAAUACCAGCAACAGUGUGUGAAAACCUUGUGAAGACUUACAGAAAACGUUUGACCUGUGUCAUUGCCAACAAAGGGUAUAUAACAAAAGUAUUGAGAAACUUUUGUUAUUGACCAAAUACUUAUUAUCCACCAUAAUUUGAAAAUAAAUUCAUAAAAAAUCCUACAAUGUGAUUUUCUGGAGAAAAAAAAUCUCAUUUUGUCUGUCAUAGUUGACGUGUACCUAUGAUGAAAAUUACAGGCCUCUCUCAUCUUUUUAAGUGGGAGAACUUGCACAAUUGGUGGCUGACUAAAUACUUUUUUUCCCCACUGUAACUCAACUUCUACGGUAGGCCUACCUUUACCGGUCAUGUCUAGAUGGGAUACAGAUUGUUAUUAUUUUUUGCAUUUUAGCUAACCCUAACCCUUUUCCUAACCUUAACCUCCUAACCUGCUACAUUAAUUCUCCUAACCUGCAACGAAAAGUCAAUUUGACAAAAGCUGUAUCCCUUCUAGACAAAACCGGUUUUACCCUCCAUCCUCCUCUUCCGAACCUCUCCAUUCCACUUUGAAGGGUAUUUUAUUUUCUUGGCUGGGCAUUAUUAUCACCCUCAGUUGUGCCGCUACAAGCUGUAAAUAAAAAUACACACAUACACAAUUUUUAUUUUAUUUCUAAUAUAUAGCACAAAAAGCUUGCUGAGAUGACAUUUAGACACACACAGAGACAGAGACAGAGAGAGAGAGAGAGAGAGCAAUGCGUGGGAGGAUGCUGCUGUGGACUGACCCGUUGAUCUAGCUAACGUUAGCUAGCUAUGCGGUUGACACCGCAGCUCACCAGCUAGCUUAGCCAGUGUAUCUAGUGGCAACCUAAUGUUUAUUGCCAACCUAAUAUUUGUUAGUUAGCUAUUGCCACACACAUCUGAUUAAUCUGUUCACUCUUUAUGCCAAUGACAAGGUGGCUAGUUGGCUAACAAACGGAGAUCAUAUUGGGAGCUAAAAACAGGAGAUCUAGCUAGUUAUCUACCUAGACAUUUGAUUUACACUUGCCCUCAAAACACAAUUUCAACAGCAGAAUUAUACUGUACAUGACCAAAAGUAUGUGGACAACUGCUCGUCGAACAUCCAUUCCAAAAUCCCUUUGCUGCUAUAACAGCCUCCACUCUUCUGGGAAGGCAUUCCACUAGACGUUGGAACAUUGCUGAGGGAACUUGCUUCCAUACAGCCACAAGAGCAUUAGUGAGGUCGGGCACUGAUGUUGGGCGAUUAGGCCAGGCUCGCAGUCGGCAUUCCAAUUCAUCCCAAAGGUGUUCAAUGGGGUUGAAGUCAGGGCUCUGUGCAGGCCAGUCAAGUUCUUCCACACCGAUCUCAACAAACCAUUUCUGUAUGGACCUCGCUUUCUGAACGGGGGCAUUGUCAUGCUGAAACAGGAAAGUGCCUUCCCCAAACUGUUGUCACAAAAUUGGAAGCACAGAAUCGUCAAGAAUGUCAUUGUAUGCUGUAGCAUUACGAUUUCCCUUCACUGGAAAAAGGGGCCUAGCCCGAACCAUGAAAAACAGCCCCAGACCAUUAUUCCUCCUCCACCAAACUUUACAGUUGGCACUAUACAUUGGGGCUGGUGGCGUUCUCCUGGCAUCCGCCAAACCCAGAUUUGUCCGUCGGACUGCCAGAUGGUAAAGAACGAUUCAUUACUCCAGAGAACACGUUUCCACUGCUCCAGAGUCCAAUGGCGGCGAGCUUUACACCACUCCAGAUCCCAACGAACAAUUAUUGUGCUGACGUUGCUUCCAGAGGCAGUUUGGAACUUGGGAAGUGAGUGUUGCAACCGAGGACAGACGAUUUUUAGGCGCUCCUGUUCUGUAAGCUUGUGUGGCCUACCACUUUGCGGCUGAGCCGUUGUUGCUCCUAGACGUUUCCACUGCACAAUAACAGCACUUACAGUUGACCAGGGCAGCUCUAGCAGGGCAGGAAUUUGACAAACUGACUUGUUGGAAAGGUGGCAUCCUAUGACGGUGCCACGUUGAAUGUCACUGAGCUCUUCAGUAAGGCCAUUCUACUGCCAAUGUUUGUCCAUGGAGAUUGUAUGGCUGUGUGCUCGAUUUUAUACACCUGUCAGCAACGGGUGUGGCUGAAAUAGCCGAAUCCACUAAUUUGAAGGGGUGUCCACAUACUUUUGAAUAUAUGGUGUAUCUUAGAAAUGUUUAUCUUACUCCAGAAAUAUAUCAUAUUACAAAGGCAGAAGGUAAUUAAAAUGCAACUUACCUCUGAUUGCGUCUGGCUAAGAACCGAAGAACAAAAUAUCCUCAGGAGUGAAGACUAGUGAUGUGCAGUUCACGAACGAUUCGUUAUUUUUGAAUGACUCUUUUUACUGACUCGAGAGUCAUGAUUCGUUUUUCCGAGUUACUCGUUCAUUUUAGUCUGCUGGCUACAAUGAAUUCUACAGCAGGAUUAAUACGCGCUCCUCCAGCUCAGCGGCUAUGGAGAUGUGCUCCAACCAGCAACUGUCUAUCAUGUGCGCGAGGGGAAAUAGAUCAUGCUGCAGGCAGCAUAGAGGAGAAAAAUACAUGUUUAGAACUGAUAAUUGAUCACAUGGUGCAAGAAUGAAUGCUAUUAAUUGAUUAUUGAAUGUUACUUGAUGGACACAGCUUUUAGUAGAACCAAAACACACUCAGCCUGCCUCUGCUCAAAACUCGAACUCGAGAACUAAUCGUUUGGGAGCUGCUGCAGUUCGCGAACUAUAUUGUGCUAAUCUCCCUCGCGGCAGUCAAGCAGUUGCCUUACAACUCAAUCUGAAUUCUUCUGCUGCUCUAAAGUCCGUGGGCGUGGCAUUUGGGCGGAGAAAGGAGUUUGGGUAGCCAGGCAUGUCGAGCAGUGUCAUUCUGCCAAGAGUUGUUCACAAUCUAGUCCGGUUGCGGCCGCAACUAGACCUCGUUUCAAAGGUAUCAAUAGACAGCUCCAAUAACAAGCCCCCUAUGGUGAACGAGAGACUUGUAGAAUCAUGGUUCUUUCGAGUUUUUAGUUCAUCAUUUGCCGGUAGGGGGUCCUGCGUGCUCUGGGCAUUACUGAAUGAAAUGAAUGAAAUGUGUCGAAAGAUUUGUUAAUUUGACUGAACGAGUUGAAAAGAUCUGAGUCAGUAAAAACAGCCGAACUUCCCAUUACUAGUGAAGACGUGCGCUUCACUUCAAGAUCCGUGGAGUAGAUAAGAGUUUUGAUGACAAGCUAUUUUGAAUACAUUUCAUUAGUCUAGGGGAUGUGAAACGUUUAUACAGACGUAAAGGGGAACCAAUAGUAUCGAUUCAUGUUCAAAAAUGAAAAUCACCAACUUUCGUUAGGAGGUUUUCAUCUGACAGCAGGUAUAUAAUAAUAUAAAUCUAUGUAACUGAAGUGAUUUGAUGAAAUGUAACAAAGUAAAAAGUAAGUUACUUCUUUCAGAAAUUACUUGAGUAAGAGUAGAAGUACAGCCCACAGAGAAUAACUAGAAAAGUACUAGUUCCUCCAAAAACUCAAAGGGCAGUAGUGGGCUGGAUUUGAACCAAUGCCUACUCUGGCAUAUGUGUGCCAGGGUCAGCAGCUGUACCUGCUGGACCACACCCGUCGCUAUGGGCGGGCCAUAGGGGGCCGGGCCCGCCCCCAAAAAUGCUUGUGCCCCCCCCCACUUGAGGGAAUUUAUUAUUAAAUAUACGUACUGUAGGCUAAUAAUAAUUGUGCCCUGCCCUCCCAUGCAUUUCAUAUGCCCCCCUUAAGACUGGCGACGGGUUUGUGCUGGACCACACAGGCACUGAGACAACCAUACAUUUAUUCUGCCUAUUGCUUGCCUUCAACAUAUAAUAAAAUCAUUGAUAUAAAAAAAGAUUUUCCCUAACGAAAAGUACAUCUACCCCUACAAAUAUUGUCAAUUUAUUAUAAUUCACAUAAGAAUUCACAUGAGACUCGCUGUAGCCUGCACGUAGCCUACAUAGGCUACUUGACUGAUUCCCAGUGGACCUGCAGUCUAAGUUAUUGUAUGGCCUACAAACACCGCUUCCAGCUGCCCCCUUGCGGCGAUUCAAAAUAUUAAAUAUCCAUUCAAAUCCUCCUGCUGCAGGAUUAUUAUCCUCCUGCGACGAAAUGGGUCAUAUUAAGAUCUGACAUCUGUAGGUGUUAGCGCUUGGGGCUAAGACAAGUCUCCAGGUCUUAAGCUAGGUUACUGGUCAUACUGGCGAAGUCCACCACUGUUACACAAUCAGCUUAAGUUUUACAAACAGCAAUAUUCAACCAAAGUUACCUGUGUUGUUUGUCACAUUGCGUUUUCAGCUUGCGAGAAGCCCAAUGUGGAGAUUGUAGACCACCUCCUGAAGUAUGGAGCCUCAGUACACAAGGCUUGUGUUCAGGGUGAGACACCUCUCCAUGAAGCAGCCGGGCAUGCUAAUGUGGAAAUUUGCCAGAUGUUGUUGGAGGCUGGGGCCAAGCUUAAUGCAAUCAAUAAUUACGUGAUGGAACCUUUCUAUGUGGCAACACAGAAUGGGGGAGUGGACGUGUUGCACUUCUUGAUUAGCAAAGGUGAGUCGUUUUUAAAUUUUCACAAGCCAGCUUCAAUAUUAUUUUUUAUUGAUUAUUUUAAAGAUGCAGUUUGGGAUCUUAAGCACAACAAGUUCAUAACAUAUUGAACCUGAACACUACUUCUAUGUCCUAGUAUCUGAUGCCUACAUCUUGGAAAAAGUAUUCUAAUCUUUCCAAUGGCAUGAACAGAUUUGAAAAAAAACAUUAAGCAUCCAGACUAUCUGUUCCUGGUGGUGUUGCAGUGUUGCCAGUUUUCCUGUAUUUCAACAUUGUAUAAAUGUUGUGUAUGCUCUUGUGUAUUGUAGGUGCUGAUAUAAACAGCCAGGCAAGGAAUGGGGAAACACCUCUGUAUGAGGCAAGUAAGAAUGGUCACAAGGAAGUUGUGGAACUGCUUCUAUCUCAUAAAGCAGAUGCUAACCGAACAACCAAGUCUGGCCUCCUGCCUCUUCAUGUAGCUGUCCAGAAAGGACAUUUUGAGUGAGUGCAAUGAAUUGAUUGAUUGGUUAAUUUAAAGCAUUGAUUUCUCUUCGAGCAAAACAUUUCCCUUUCAAUUUGAUCCCUGUGCUUCUCUUCUGUAGAAUUGUGUCCAUGCUGAUCCCUGCCACCUGCAAGGUCAAAGUUCAACGCAGUGGCAUCAGUCCCCUCCACCUGGCUGCCGAGCACAACAGGGACUGGAUCCUGGAGAUGCUUAUCGAGGCAGGCUAUGACGUCAAUGUCCAGCUCGCAGAAGACCGAUCCAAAAUGUAUGAGGACCAUCGCAGCACAGCCCUCUACUUUGCUGUCACCAACAGCAACUUAGAGGCCGCCAACAUGCUUCUGGAGGCAGGCGCUAACCCCAACCUUGACAUGUUCAACCCUCUUCUUAUCGCUGUGAGGCAGGGUUACAUGGAAAUGAUCACCGCUCUAGUGGAGCAUGGAGCUAACAUGAAUGCGUCCAUCCCCACACACCCCUGCUCCUUCCCAGCAGUGGUCAUGCUCGGUAUGAAGUAUCUGCACAUCCUGAACUAUCUGAAGUAUCUGAUGUCCAAUGGCUGUGAUGCCCUUUCCUGUUUUGACUGCACAUAUGGCAGCAAGCCACACCCACCCCUGAGAAUUUCAAGAAGGGGCAGCGUCUUCGGCGAAACUUUGCACUACAUUACUGACGAGGACGAAGCUCGACGCAACACUUGCGUCCAGGUAAGUUGGGUUAAUGUGCAAUGCAGAUGGGAUCCAUCUCGGGUUGUUCUUUGAAUCCAAUUUGAACCCUUCAUUUUCAGUUCUGUGAGGCAAUCUCCGAUCCGAAAAUUAGCCACUGGGCAGGACCCAUCAUAGAUGUGCUCCUGGAUUACGUUGGCCAUGUGAAACUCUGCUCCCGGCUGAUCGAGAACCUGGAUAGCUAC